CGCCAGUUGAUGUACGGUGUUCUGAAAAAAAAAACACCCAUGAUUUUGGAUGGAGAUACUACAGCACAUAAACUUGUACUGGGCGGCUGGACUGUGUACGCAUGCCCCGUGUGAGCUGGUGAUAUGAUAUUCAAUACUCGGCUAUCUUAAAUCAAUUCUCCUCACGUCCCGCAGUUUGCCCAUGUUGGAGAUGAUACAAGGUACUGUGGCACAUUAGGUGGAAUAUAACAAACACUCGCAGCGGACAGUAAUUGAGGAAUACUACUGCGCAAACGGCGCUCACUUAUCCUGAGAUUUUUGCAUUUUUCAACGCUGUUUGUCAUUCAAUGAACUUGGAUCAAGUGGAAGUAACCAUGCAUACAGUACAGGGGUAGCUGCUGUCUUAAAGUUGAAAACGCGCGCCAUGGCUCCCUUCGCUUGUUCCUCUGAUGGCAAGGUAUACACUACAUGCGAUUGUUACCGAGAUUUUGGCUAGUUUGCACCCGUAGCCACAAGUAAGUACCAAAAUGUCACAAAUGUCGCCUUCUCUGUUAGAAGAACUACAGAAGGGGAACGAAGCCCCGGGACUGUUUCAGAGUAAACGGUCCAAUUUGAACAUGCUUGUCAACUCUCAGGUAUUGGCGCACCUACAAAGUCUUCACGAGCAAGCCAAGGAGGAGAAUGAAGAAGUGUGUGAAGAAGGGACGACAGAAGAGGUUUUGGCUGACCGGGAGCAACUAAUGGAAAGGAUCAAUAACUAUAAUCGACGCGUCGCCCUUGAAGCUUUUAAAAUUCGUCUUGUAGAGGAGACACAAGAUAAUAAGUUGGAUCACAUCUUUGAGGGAGUUCUACGGUUUUACUAUGCCAGAGGACAAGAAAACUUGACCAAGGCUGUUAAGUUAACAAAUAAGACUACUGUGGAUAGUUUGCUUCCUGAACUAAUAGAGAAGUUCAACAUCAACAACCACAGUGACUGUAGUGAUUCCACUCACCACUUGCACGUUGUGCUUGACGGAGACGAAAUUCGACUAGAACACGAGGACACUCCUCUGGACCUAGCACUGAACGCUAAAUCCACGCCAAGAUUUGUUCUCCGUCUGGCGUCCCCCGAGGCCAUGAAGGAGCCUCAGGGAGAGGUGACGCUGGCAGACAAUGAGGCCAUCAAAGUAAACGAAAACACUGAUCAUGAAUACGGAAGGCGUCCUUCUCCAGAUUUAACAUCUGGUCUUGCAAAUAAAUCUAAAUCCAAAUACAGGGAUAAAACCAUGAUUACUGAGAAUGGUGGAAAAAUAGAGCAAAUUGCUGAAGAGAAAAUUUCGGGCAACAAAAUUGGAAGCAGGCGGCAUAAACGGCGAUCCUCCAAAAGCAGCAUGGAAGACGAGAAUGGCCAUUUGGACGUCGAAUCGUCACCGAAGUCCAAAUCAAAUGGACAUCCACCGCAACAGGGUCCUGCUGCUCUUCUAAUAUCAAUGCGUCGAGGACGAGUAAAGCGAGAUCAAAGCAUGGAGCGGGAGAGGACCGAGAGAGGUCGCUCCCCUUCCCGAGAGCGGAUGCGUCGUAGCUACAGGGCCGCAAAGGACCUCCUACAACGGACUUUUAGUUUGAGAAAACGGGAAGAUAUAAAGACUCAAACAGAGCUCUCUGUCGAAGAAUGCUCGCCUGGAGUUUUAAAAAUAUUUGGUGAUUCCAUUUGCCCUGGAGCCAACUAUAAAAGUGUGUUGGCUUCCACAAAGUCCACGGCUCAGGAGCUUGUAAAAGAGGCUCUGGAGCGCUAUGCACUUCCGCAAUCAGAAUCCUCACGCUACGUUUUAUGUGACGUGGUUGGCAAACUGAGCGACGUCUCUAUAAUUGACUCAGAAAAUAAGGUGGAAAACGUGUGGACUACAGAAUGUUUUCGUGUUAUCGGAGACAGCGAAAGACCUCUUAUUUUACAGUCGUUAUGGAAACCUACCGAGGGAUAUUCCCGCCGAUUUGAGAUCCGUCUUCGUGAAGAGGUUUCACUUCCUGGCGAAGUGGAUAACAUAACCAGUGCACUCAAUGCAAAUGCAAGGAAAAUGGAAAUUGCCCGAACCUGUCCCGAGGCAAUUCCCGUAGAAGAUAUCCGGAAAUAUUCUAGGAGCGUGAGCACCUCGCUUCUCGAGUCGCAAGAUUUGAACUGUGAUGCCAAUAAUGAACACAACCAUACCCCUACCGAUGACUAUAAUGACAGCACAAAACCUCUUGAGUUUAGCUGGUUGGACAGUCAUCCCCCAACGGCUUAUCCAUUUCUCAUUACCUUACGGGGGUAUAAUAUGCUCCAGGAUUCCCUAGUUUAUCCUCUCGCGGAGCAGGUAGUUAUGAUAGGCCGUGGAACGGACGAUGCUAGGAAAACUGACAUAUCUCUGCACGCACCAGAUGUUAGUUUACAGCACUGCUGGAUGAUAAGAAAUCCAACGCCGUCGGAGAGUGACAUAGUGUCCGUUGAUCCACUGGCGGACGCUUUCGUGGCUAUAAACAACUGUCCAGUGUCAUCUCUGACAAAUAUCAAGCAGGGUGAUUUGCUGUCCAUUGGGGAGCACUAUGUCUUCCUAUUCAAAGACCCAACCACAGGUGAGGAGAUCCCCCGGAAUGUGCCGUGGUUGACGACCAAACCGGAUCACGCACCUGCUGCUGGUAAUGCGCCACACAGUGCGCCUGCAGACAGCGAAUCCGACACUAGCUCCGACGUACGUACCGACAUGAAAUCGGAAAGAAAAUCUAGGAGCAAGACCAGAAAAAGAAGAGACCCGAGAAAGGACCCGAAGCAGACACAACGGGAGACAGAAUAUAAACGAGAUACAACGAAACUGAAAUUACCGUUCAAACAGAAAAAAGAAGACGAGCUUCUGCAAAGGAUUCUUCAUUUGUGUAAUACGACGGACGAUAUUUUUCCUCUGUGCCCUGCUUACUUGUUUGUCAUGGCUGUGGAUUACUAUGCAAUGAAGUUUGACAAGUAUAUCGUCAGGAGUUUAGUGCAGAAGAUAGCAGGUCUUGUACAGCAGGAGGCUUGGAAUAAAACAAAGUUGUUGGCGGAUCGUCAUGGUGAACUGCUUUCCACUCAGGAGGGUGCAACAGACAAAGAUCUCUUUCGUGAUCUCAGGGGCAUUGUUUACUGGAUGUCGAACGCUCUGGAAAUGUUAAACUUUUUCAAAAAGAACCUUCCCAACAUGAUGAUGGAACCGUGCGACAAGUUGCAGGCGCGGACUCGUGUGGCCCCGGAGAAAGUAGACGAGGAGAUGUUGGCUGUGCUUGAGGAGGUUGUUAUGUACACAUUUCAACAGACGGUCUACUAUCUCACUAAGGCUCUUUAUGUCGUUUUGCCCGCCAUCUUGGACACCAAUCCUUUCCAGGACAGCAAAAACGAGAAUUCGAGUGGACAGUGUCCACCAACGCUACAAGACAUCCUGAGCAUAUUUCAGAACACUCUAGACGCGUUGAAGGCCAAUUUGGUCCACCCCCACGUGGUGUCACAGCUGUUUUGUUAUCUGUUUUUCUUCUCAAAUGCGUCUCUCAUUAACUGGGUCAUGGAAAAAGGAAAAGAUGGUCAAUAUUUUCAGUGGAUUCAAGGUGCACAGCUUCGUGGAAAUUUAGAUCACAUUGAAAACUGGUGCAACCAAAGUGGCUUCUACGAGGAAGGAAGCUCGUACCUGAAAAAAAUCAAUAUGGUUUCUAACCUGCUGGCCAUGCCGAAAGUCCAGCUGUUACAGUCGGACUGGUACUCCCUGAGAAAGGACUUCCCUAACCUAAACCCAGGUCAGCUGCAUCAUCUUCUUACCAACUACCAGCUCUGUGGAAAACGGCGGCCGGACGACUGGGCACCCUCAGAGCAGGAGUCAGAGCAGGCCAACGAGCUGGAAUCCAUCAUGGAGAGUUUCAACAACCAUCCGCCCCUGGUGCUCCCUAAGGGGCACUGCUCCAUAGACCUCCACAAAGUACCAGACCCGACUUUCAUUGACGUCUGGAAAAACCUGCAAGAAGAAUUCAAACCGUCCAGCGAAGAAUACAACGAGGAUGACGUGGAGGAUGGAGAUGAUGAUGAGCUGGAAGAAUACGAAAUACCGGAUCACGCAGCACAGGGUAUUGCACGGGUCAUUGGCUUGAACCAUGAAAAUAUACCAGAGAACAGUGCAAGCUCUCAUGUAGACAGUGAACUGAGCGAUCUAAGUAGCAGCUUCGGUGCUGCAGAUUUCCCCCGCCAUCAACUUCCUAUGAAGUACCGCGACCGUGUCGCCAUCUGUGAGGUGAGGAGCACCAGCAGUAGUGAAGUAGAUGCCGGAGACGCCCCCACGCUCCGGUCCUGGCGACACCCACCAAAUUCUCGAGUAACACGAAGCGUCACCGAUACCUCACUGGCGUCGCUGUCCAGCCGGCCUAGACGACAGAGCUCCUUGUGUGACGCCACCAGAAAACGCGACAGUCAGAGUUCGGAAACGGAUGCCUCGGAAAAAUUUGGCGUUGAAAGACGCAUGUCCGUGCGACAGGAGUUGUACCAGAGAGGGGUAAACGGCAACUUGAAUGCCGCCAUACGCAAGUGUCACGAUGUUCUUCCUGUCGCCGCGGCGGGAGGGUUUAGAAGGCGAUCCAUUGAAAAAAUCCAAAGAAGAGACGUUUUGUCAGAAUCGUGGCCACUGCGACCAACGCAUCAAAAUGUGAAGCCAGUGGAAGACUUGAGUUACGGGUUUACCGCCAAAUUACCUGGCCAAGCCCUUGCUAAACAUGUUGCGCGCCGGACAGGGACGCCUGCUGCCGACGAAAUCCCAGAUUCUACCCAGGCCCCAAACCUCGUCACACGGAGAGUCAAGCAGAAAUACUCAUUCCGCACUAUGUCCAACCCCUUGCCAACACAAAUAGGCUCUGACACGCACUCUUCCGACAACAGCUCUGACAAAGCUCGCGAUAAAUCCAAAAAUAAACCCCUACCUCCAACACCUCCGUCAACCCCGGACGCGCUCUCUCAAAAAACAUUCGCAGACGUAGAUUCGACCAGAACCACUCGGGAGGAAACGACCCCACCCCCCAGACCUCCGCCCCCAGACAAUGCAGUCUUGAGGACGGUCCUCGGUAGUAGUGCACCCAUUAACAAGGUACAUGGUGGUGUGGAUGCCGCUGAGGGUGGUGCUAUUAACCCUAACCCGGGUAGGGAUGACUUAGAAAAUGUGAUGGAGGUAUCAGUAGUAGACGCUUUAACCAAAACGCACAACAGCGGCUUGCGAGUGUUGCCACUAACAACUGACGAUCGCACUUCCCCUGAAAACACUUUAUCUACUAAUAACUAUUAUGUCCUAGAAAUCCUGGAAGAGGAAUAUGACGACACAGGCGUAAAAGAAUCCGAAAUGGAUCUCUUACUCCAUCGACAAACCAUGACAGAUAAUUUGCUCAACGUCACUCCUGACGACACAGUAGAAGUAGAGCUGAAGAAAGGAGACAAAGGGCUGGGCCUGGGGCUCAUUGACGGACUAUACACUCCGCUGCGAAGUGCUGGUAUUUACGUGAGGACAUUAGUGGCAGGGGGCCCCGCAGUAGAAGAUGGGCGGCUCAACGUCGGAGAUCGCAUUCUAGCCGUGAAUGGGAAGGGGAUUGUAGGUGCAGACUAUCAAAGUGCCAUGUCAUUGAUUCGAGGCUCUGGAGACAAUCUGAAACUGCUUGUAGCAAAGGGGAAUGCAAAAAAUGCAAUGAAAGUAACGUCUUCUCUUUGUUAGGAUACAAGAGUUGCACACCAUGGAAGAAGGAAAAUGCAGCAUUCUGUGAAUGAACUGUUAAAAACAUACCGUCCAAACAAUAUUGAUAAAUAUUAGCAUGUUAAUUUCAACAAUCUCAAGUUUAAAUACUUUUUUAUCACAAACAAUCAAUGCAUUGCUUUGUUAGUUAGAGAGCUGUGAAAUUGCUGUAGGUGAGCAAACUUUAUGAACUGAAUCUCAUCUGGCACAAUAAUUUCUCAUCCAUACCUAGCCAAAGUCAAGCCAGGGCAGAAGGGACUGGCACUGUUUUUUUUUUUUUUUUUUUUUUUUUUUUUUACAUCUACAUCUCUAAAUAUCUGUUGUUUGUUGCUGAUUUUAUAAAUUUUUAUUAUUGUUUUUGCAAUGUUUUGUACUAUCAGGGUUUGCAAAAA